AUGAAUUGGUUGUCAUAAUAAAAAGAUGAACAUGAUAGUAUAUUUAAUAAUGGAGGAGAUUUUUGGUUAUCAACUAAACAGCAAGAAAACCAAUAAAAUCUUAUUUUCUAAGGCAAGGCCUUUUAGAAACAAACAAAAUCUCGAAAGUGGGAAGCUGUACAUUUAGAAUUAUAUGUUGACAAGUAAUAUAUAAAAAUCAUUUAGAUUGAUUAAAAUUGUUAAUAAUUAAGCAGAAUAUUGUAAUAUUAAUGCUUGCUACUUAAAAAAGAUAAAAUAUUCUGAAUCCUCUUUUUAACCAUAUAAACAUGGUUUUAGAUUACAUUAAGGUAAAUAAAGAGUAGAAUUCUUUACUGAAAGUCAAGAUCAUUAUGAGAGAUGGUAAUCUGCUUUAAAAAGAUAUUGUAUUCUAACCAAAUUUAACAAAAAAUACAAACUUAUUUGCAAACACAAAUUAAAUGAACCAUAUCCAUCUUGUACAUAUAAAGCAUAAAGAAAUUCUGAUGGAUUAUUUUUUUAAAUUAGAAUUAUUGAAAAGAAUUAACUUGAUGAUCCAAUCCUGGCAUUAAAUGAAAUUACUAUUUUAAGAAGAUUAGAUCAUGUUUAUGUUUAAAGACUAUAGGAAGUUUAUGAGGAUUAAAUAUAUUUAUAUGUAGUUUAUGAUCAAUAUGCAGGAAGAGAAUAAAAAUUUUUACUUCCUUAAUUGUUAUAGACUCCUGAAAAAGUAAUAGCAGAGUUGCUUUAUAAAUUAUUAUUGGGCUUGCAUCACAUACAUAGUAAAGGAUUAUUUCAUAGAGAUAUCAAAUUUGACAAUAUUUUUAACAGAUUUCCUGAUUGCCUAACUGAUUGUUGCUUUGUUAAUUUUUCAAGUGCAGAUUUUCAUGAAAAUAAAAUGCAUAGGAGAAUUGGAACACCAGGUUUUAUGGCCCCUGAAAUUUUUAAAACCAAAUAAUAUGAUCAAUAAAUUGAUGUUUUCUCUUUAGGAGUGAUAUUUUAUUAUAUUGUGUUUGGUAGGAUGCCGUUUGGAACAGAUUUUAAUGAAGUAUAUUUUAUAAUUAAGCAGAGAGGUGCUUUCAAAAAAUGAAUAAGGAGAUAUUGAAUAUCCAGAUUAUUGUAAAAUUUCUAUCAGUGGACUUUAAUUGAUGAAACUGAUGUUACAAAAGGAACCACAAAAACGAUGUACUUCUUUUUAAGCACUAAAUCAUCACUGGUUUAUAAAUUUGAAAAUUAGAGAUUUAUUGGGAAAACCUAGUGUUAUGAUGAAUCAAAUGAAAAUGGGAUCUGGACUUAAUUUAUCCACAAUCUUAGAAAAAUCUGAUAUGAUAGACAAUUCAAAUAUGUCAAUUGCCCUUACUCCAAGAGGCAUUAAAAAGAAAAGUUAAAUCUCAAGAUCUAAAUCUUCAGAUAUGAAUAUUUUAGAUUAAGAAUUUAUUUAUGACUCUGUUGCUGAUAAAAUGAAAUGUUUAAAAAAUACUAUGCCCUAACCAUCUAGAUUAAAACAUAAAUCUAAUUAAACGUAAAUGUAAAAAUGA